UUCCAGUUGCCUGAUCCGUUUGUACCGUGACUCUGGCGAGCAGAGCACAGGUCGCACGGUUUUUUGGACUCUGGGGUUCUUCUUUUUUCCGCCCUCCCCGUCUAUCAUGACUGAGGAAAAUUUAUCCGUGGUGUUGUAUGCUAAGGGAGACCUCAGGAUUGAAAACCGUCCGAUUCCCGAGCCAGGACCUAAAGAGGUGUUGCUCCAGAUGCACUCAGUGGGAAUCUGUGGAUCAGACGUGCACUACUGGCAGAAUGGCCGAAUUGGGGACUUUGUGCUGAAAAAGCCAAUGGUGCUGGGCCACGAAGCUGCAGGGCGAGUGGUGAAGGUCGGAUCAGCAGUCACACACCUUAAACCAGGUGAUAGGGUGGCCAUUGAGCCUGGUGUGCCCCGCGACAUGGAUGAAUUCUUCAAGAGAGGACAGUACAACUUGUCCCCCACCAUCUUCUUCUGCGCCACGCCGCCUGACGAUGGAAACCUGUGCAGAUAUUACACACACAGCGCCAACUUCUGCUACAAGUUGCCUGAUAAUGUCACUUUUGAGGAGGGGGCGCUCAUCGAACCUCUCUCUGUGGGGAUUCAUGCCUGUCGCCGGGCCGGCGUCACCCUCGGCAGCACCGUGCUCAUCUGUGGUGCAGGACCCAUUGGAUUGGUCAGCUUGAUUGUAGCCAAGGCAAUGGGGGCCUCAAAAGUCAUCAUCACUGAUCUGUUUGCAGAGCGCCUGGCCAUGGCCAAGGAGCUAGGUGCAGACUUCCAGCUGACUGUGAAGAAGGACGACGGAGCGCAGCAGUUGGCAAAGAAAGUCGAGGAAAUCCUGGGAGCCCAGCCUCAAAUCACCAUUGAAUGCACCGGAGCGGAGAGCUGCAUCCAAACCGCCAUUUAUGCCACAUGUUCAGGCGGUGUGGUGAUGCUGGUGGGCCUUGGUGCUGCGAUGACGACCGUUCCCCUGGUCAAUGCUGCUGUGAGAGAAGUGGACAUCAGAGGAGUCUUCCGCUACUGCAACACCUGGCCGAUGGCAAUCGCCAUGUUGUCAUCUGGUAAAGUGAAUGUGAAGCCCCUUGUGACCCACCGCUUUCCACUGGAGCAGGCAGCGCAGGCCUUCGAGACCACGCAUCAGGGUCGUGGGAUAAAGGUCAUGUUAAAGUGCGACAAAAACGACCAGAACCCUUGAACCGGCCCCCCUUCGGCGAAGCAUUCUGCUGAGAUCGACUGAGCAUGACAGGCACAAAGAGGACUCUGGCCUCAGAAAGAUAACAAAACAACUUCAAAGAAAGAAGCGUUAAACGCAGCACUGUGAACGACAGCUGGAAACUGUUUAUCAGAUGUUUAUCUUUACAUGGUACUGGUUAAUUAUAGGUGCUCAGGCCUCUGACAGCUGCAUCUAUGUAUGAAUAAUUUACAAAAUGUAAUAUGCUAUUGUAGAAUAAUAACCUUUUAAAAAAUAAAUGCAAGUUUCUGUGUAACAUGUACUACUAGUAUUUCGGCAAUAGAGGGCACCAUAGGCUUAGAAAAUAAUGAUUAGACAACAAUAGUACCAGGAAGUCGUUACUAAUUGUAAUAAAUCUGUGAAUUUAGAGCAGCAGGAUCGUGUUAAUGAUGCAAGAAUAUCUGUUUUUUUUAAGUAGUCAAGGCAAAAAGUUUGAACAUAAACAGCAUUUGUGAUGCUCUUUUACAGUGCCUGAGCUUUUUUAUAUCUACAAGAAAAAAGUAAAAAGUUUAUCAUUUGAAGAUGCUUUAGAAAGAAAAUGCAAGCAUUUUAGGACUGAAAAAUUAUGAAAAUAAAAAAAAACCAACAAGUAACUUU